AUGUAGAAGUAAAUAACCAAAAUUAAAACAUGAAUGAGUUAAUAAAAUUGUCACCGAACGAAUAUAGGCUUUAUUAAAUUUAAUUUUCUUUAUUUAGUGAGGAUUCUAAUAGGCAUUACGGUUGUAAAUUAAAAAGCGCAGUGUUGAAAUUCGGUGAUUUCACGCUAUAUUUGAUUUAAUAUUUUAAAAGGCGGAUACUUCGUUAUUGAUUGCACACUUAUCGAAAUAAAUUAACACUAUCAUUAUGGACUUUGGUCGAAUAGACCUGACUCUCGAUCCUCAAGAAGAAGUUAGAUGCAGAAAAAGGUUUCGACCAAUUAUCAAGGAAUUUGGCAGUCGAACGAAAUUCACUCACAAGGAGCUGGAAGGGCUGUUGAUAAUCUACCACAAACUGACCAAAAACCAACCCAUGGAUCGCAAGUACUUUCGAAGAGUUAUGUUUACCAUACUGAACUUCCAGAACGACGCUCUGAUCGACCGGAUCUUUUCGGCGAUCGACAGAAACAACAAGCUCGUAGUGACCAUGGAUUCCUGGAUUCUCGGGAUGUCGAUAUUCCUUCGCGGCGACCUCAAUGAGCGCAUCAAGUUCUGCUUCACAGUCUACGACAUGAUGGGAGACGGUUACAUCAAGAGAGAACAUAUGUUUCAGGCUCUGAAGAACAGCUUGCGGGGCAAUCCACAUGACGAGGAUCCAGAAGAGCAGGUGAAGGAUAUGAUCGAUAUCAUCUUGAAGAAGAUGGACCACGAUAGAGAUGGGAGGCUCUCGUAUGAGGACUAUCGGAAGUCCGUGUGGGAGAACCCCAGCCUGCUGGAGAUCCUUGGGUACUGCCUUCCCGCCAGACCUGCAGUGUACAUGUUCAUGACUACCUUCACCGACCUUGUCAGCACCCUGCACGUUAGAAUGAUGAAACGAAGGACACGCCAUCAUUCUGAGUAAUAUAUAAUAUAAGUCCAUUAUAUUAUUCGAAUAUCUAAAAUAUAAAUGAUGAAACUAG